GGGGGGGAACCUAGAACUCUGUGCCAUUUCGAGUCACCCGCUCAUGUGAGGAAUGUCCGUCCGCGGCGCGCACAGAUCAUGUACUCCGCGCUUUAUUUUUAACGCGCAGGGUGGGUCACACGCUUUGGGAAUGACCGUAGUAUGCGCGGCUCCGACAGCCCCCCGUCCCAGGACCCCUUUCCAGGACCCUCUCCUCCGCGACUCUGACCGGGAACAUUGUGCUUCAAUGGGAUUGUAUUUUAAUUGGUUUAUUGGCAUGGAGAAGAUUUAACGUAAACGCUUUCGACCCACAGACAGCAUCCAGAGCCGACUCCCUCCUCCCACCCCAUCCUUGGACCUCCAACUCCUCUGUGACCCCCCCCCCCUCCCCCCCCACCACCCCUUCACACCGGCCACGCCCCCGCCGGCCGCCGCCAUGAUGGCGUCCAUCACGGACUUCGACAGCGCGGAGAUCACCCAGCAGUACAGCCGCGUCAACACCCGCUUCGAGAUCACCGACGAGGACCUCGACCACGACAACACCUCGGCACGGCUCUUCGAGCGCUCGCGCAUCAAAGCCCUCGCAGGUAAGGCCGCGGGCUGGCUAGCUACGGUGUCCUCCGCACGAAACACACACACACACACGCACGCACGUACGCACACACCAGCGGUAACCUGCCUGGUCGUGGGGGGGUCGUUGUGCUCUAGGUUCCAGGAGAAGGGGAACCUGGAGGUGCUGCUCUUCACCAUCCAGAGCCGCAUGAGGGCCAACAACCAGAAGGUCUUCACACCCAGGGACGGGGCUCUGGUGGCGGACAUCAACAGGGCCUGGGAGCGUCUGGAGCGGGCGGAGCACGAGCGCGAGCGCGUCCUCCGGGACGAGCUGAUCCGGCAGGAGAAGCUGGAGCAGACGGCGAGGAGGUUCGACCGCAAGGCGUCCAUGAGGGAGACCUGGCUGCUGGAGAACCAGAGGCUGGUGGCGCAGGAUAACUUCGGCUACGACCUGCCGGCGGUGGAGGCGGCGAAGAAGAAGCACGACGCCAUCGAGACGGACAUCGCGGCGUACGAGGAGCGCGUGCUCGCCCUGGUGGCCAUCUCGGGAGAGCUGGAGGCGGAGCGUUACCAUGACGCCCGGCGCAUCGACGUCCGCAAGGACAACGUGCUGCGGCUGUGGGACUACCUGCAGGAGCUCCUCCGCGCCCGCAGGGGGCGCCUGGACAAGAACCUCACGCUGCAGAGCAUCUUCCAGGAGAUGCUCUGCAUCAUCAGCUGGAUGGACGACAUGAAGGCCCGCCUGCUGUCCCCAGACUUCGAGCACCUGUCGGAGGUGGAGGACCUGCUCCAGAAACACGCUCUGGUGGAGAACGACGUCGCCCUGCAGGCGGAGCGGGUUCAGAGCGCCAGCGCCAACGCCCUCACGUUCGCCAACGGGGACAGCUACAAGCCGUGCGACCCCCAGGUGAUCCGGGACCGGGUGCAGCACCUGGACCUGUGCUACCAGGAGCUGUGCGCCCUCGCCGCCCAGCGCCGGGCCCGCCUGGAGCAGUCCCGCCGCUUCUGGAACUUCCUGUGGGAGGCGGCGGAGGUGGAGAGCUGGGUGAAGGAGAAGGAGCACCUCUUCUCCACCCUGGACUACGGCAAGGACCUGACCAGCGUGCUGAUCCUGCAGGGCAAACACAACGCCUUCGAGGACGAGCUGGGGGCGCGGCGCGCCCACCUGCAGCAGGUCCUGGCCCAGGGCGAGGACAUGGUCCGGGCCGAGCACUUCGGCGCCGCCGCCGUCGAGGGCCGCGGCGCCGACGUCCGCCGGCAGUGGCAGGAGCUGGAGGACCUGGCGGCGUUCCGCAAGCAGAGCCUCCAGGACACCCAGAAGUUCUUCCAGUUCCAGGGGGACGCCGACGACCUGACGGGCUGGCUGCUGGAGGCCAAGAGGCAGAUGGGCGGCCCGGAGGUGGGCACCGACGAGUACACCACCCAGCGGCUGCUCCGCAAGCACCGCGACCUGAGGAACGAGACGGCCAAGAACGGCGCCACCAUCGACGCGCUCAGCAGGCAGGCCCAGGCUCUGCCCGAGGAGCUGCGCAACACGCCCGACAUCCAGCGGCGCCUCAAGGACAUCCGGGAGCUGUACGUGGAGCUCAUGGCGCUGGCGGACGUCCGGCAGAAGGCCCUGGACGACACCAUGGCCCUGUACACGGUGCUCAGCGAGACGGACGCCUGCGAGCUGUGGAUGGGCCAGAAGGAGACCUGGCUGGUGGGCCUGGAGGUGCCCGACAAGCUGGAGGACCUGGAGAUCGUGCAGAACCGGUUGAGCAUCCUGGCCAACGACAUGGCCAACGUCCAGUCGCGGGUGGAUGACGUCAACCAGGCGGUGCAGCAGCUGGAGGACAGCAGACACCCGCGCACCAAGGAGAUCAAGGACUGCCAGAUGCGCCUGAAUAAGAGGUGGGAGGCCUUCAAGGCGAUGGUGGAGGAGAAGAAGAGGAGGGUGGACUCGGCCCUCAGCCUCCACAACUACGGCGGUGACUGCGGCGAGACGGAGGCCUGGAUCAAGGACAAGACGCGCGUCAUCGAGUCCACGCAGGACCUGGGCAACGACCUGGCAGCCGUCAUCGCCAUCCAGAGGAAGCUGUUCGGCAUGGAGCGCGACCUGGCCGCCAUCGACACCAAGCUGAGCUUCCUGCGGAACGAGGCUGACCAGCUGGCCCGGGACCACCCCGAGCUCGCCGACGACAUCCGGGCGCGGCGGGGCCAGCUGGACGCCGCCUGGGACGCCCUGAAGAAGACCCUGAAGGACCGCGAGGACUCCCUGGGCGAGGUCAGCAAGCUGCAGACCUUCCUGCAGGACAUGGACGACUUCCAGUCCUGGCUCUUCAGGACCCAGAAGGCGGUGGCGUCGGAGGACGUGCCCGGGUCGCUGCCCGAGGCCGAGGCGCUGCUGAGCCUCCACGACGCGCUGCGCGACGACAUCGCCAACCACCGGGAGGACUUCCUCCAGGUGCAGGAGACGGGCGCCCGCGUCACCCAGGGCCAGGAGGACGACCCCCAGUACCAGCAGCUGGAGCAGAGGCUGAGCGGGCUGGACCGCGGCUGGAACGAGCUCCAGAAGAUGUGGGACAGCCGCAAGGACUUCCUGGACCAGGGUCUGGGCUUCCAGCAGUUCAUGAGGGACGCCAAGGCCACGGACACCAUUCUGAACAACCAGGAGUACACUCUGGCCCACGUGGAGAAGCCCGACACGCUGGCCGGGGCGGAGAAGGCCCUGAAGAAGCACGAGGACUUCCUGAGCACCAUGGGGGCCAACGAGGAGAAGGUGGAGGCCACGGUGAAGACGGGACAGAGGCUGCUGGACGCCGAGAACCUCUACUCCGGGAAGGUCAAGGACAAGAUGGCCUCCAUCACAGAAAGACAUAAUGCCAAUCAGAGGAGAGCCACAGAGGUUUCGGGAAAGCUAAAAGACAACCGAGAUCUCCAGCACUUCCUUCAGAACACUCAGGAUUUGACUCUGUGGAUCAACGAGAAGAUGCUGACGGCCCAGGACACGUCGUACGACGAGGCCAGGAACCUUCACAGCAAGUGGCUGAAGCACCAGGCCUUCAUGGCCGAGCUGGCCUCCAACAAGGGCUGGCUGGACAACAUAGACCAGGAGGGCCAGGAGCUGAGCGAGGCCAAGCCCGAGUUUGAGCCGCUGGUGCGGGAGCGCCUGGCCGAGCUCCACGCGCUCUGGAGCCGGCUGGAGUCCACCACGCAGGAGAAGGCUCGCCUGCUGUUCGACGCCAACCGCUCGGAGCUGCUGGACCAGAGCCUGGCCGACGUGAAGCAGUGGCUGGGGGGGCUGCAGCAGCAGCUCCACAGCGGCGGGGGGCACGAGGAGGAGGUCAGGGACCUGACCAACGCCAACAUCCUGCUGAAGAAGCACCAGGUGACGGAGAACCAGGUGCGGGACCGGGCGCGGGAGCUGGAGGAGCUGCAGGAGGCGGUCCAGAAGCACGGGGGGGCCCGCGAGGACCAGCCCGAGCUGGAGGCGGAGCAGCGGGCCCUCCAGGGGGCCUUCAGAGAGCUGCUCACCCCCCUGGCCCAGCGCCGCGACAAGCUGGAGGCCGCCAAGGCCAUCCACCAGUACUACAGGGACCUGGCCGACGAGCUGCUGUGGGUCGAGGAGAGGUUGCCGUUGGCAACGUCGCAGGAGCACGGCCACAACCUCCAGACGGUCCAGAUGCUGCAGAAGAAACACCAGACACUGCAGAGGGAGAUCGAGGGCCACCAGCCCCGCGUGGACGAGGUCCAGGAGCGCGGCCGCAGGAUGGCCGCCGCCUCCAUCGCCGCCGCCGCCAUCGCCGCCGCGACCACCGGCGCCCCCGGUGGCGGGGAGGGGGAGGGCACCCCGGAGGCGCGGCGGAUCGCCCGGGAGGCGGGGGCCCUGGAGCAGGCCUGGGGGAGGCUGGGGGAGGAGAUGGAGAGGAGGAAGGAGCGGCUGGGCGGGGCCGACGAGGCCCAGCAGUACCUGAACGACGCAGAGGAGGCCGAGGCCUGGGUGGGGGAGCAGGAGCUCUACAUGAUCUCAGACGAGACGCCCAAGGACGAGCAGAGCGCCAUGCUGAUGCUGAAGCGCCACCUGCUCCUGAAGCAGGCGGUGGACGACUACUCUCAGCCAAUGAGGCGGCUGGCGGCGCGCGCCCAGAGACUGCUGGCCGAGGACCACCCAGAGGGGUCAGUGGGCUAG